AUGUCCGCAGACUCCUAUCAAUCUCCCCUCCAGCUCAAAGGCGAAGUCAUGGAUCUCGAGUUCACCGUCGACACCGACCACCGCAAGCGCAGACGCAACCGCACCACUCAGUCCUGCCUCAAUUGCCACACCUCCAAGCGCAAGUGUGACCGCAAACGUCCUUGUCAGCGAUGCAUCCAGCUCGGACUGACUGGUCUCUGUGUUUACGAGAUUGACGACCCGGCACUCCGAGAUGACCCAUCCAUCGACGAGACGACCAGACUGCGAAACCGCAUUGCUGAACUGGAGAGCCUUGUACGCGAGUUGCGAGGAAAACCACAUCCACGUUGGGCCGAUGCCAACUUUAGAGACGGUGAUCCCGCCGAGCGCUGGCACUCACGUGCCGCGAAGAACAGCAGCAUGCAGUUGCGCCGCCGCGGACGGUCCCCAGAUCCCCCGGAAGGUUCCCCGACUGAGCCACGCGGCAUGGUCACCCCCUCGGGCGUUCCAUCCAUCAAGACAGAGCCAGGAGGAGACCUCUCCCAGCCCAGCCUCUACCGCUUCUCCUCCAACUCCCCCCCGGGCUCCUACCAGGGCUUCCAGUCGGGCACCUCCUCCCCCAUCUCCACCUACGACCGGAACGGGCACGCCAGCUAUCCUAAUGGCGCCGUCCACCCGAACGGGCGCUCGUAUACUUACUCCAACGGUUCAUAUGGUCACCAUUCCAACGGCCACGCCCCCGGAUCGACCCUCCAUCAGAACGGUGGUGCGUACCAUGCACACGCCUUCGCUCCCGACUCGCCGCCGGGCUCUGGCUACUGUCCUUGUCGGACGAACCCCGCCGCGAACCACGCCUUCCUGGCGCUCGGUCACCAGCUGCAGAACACCGUCGACUGUCUCCGCCAGUUCGCAGUCCACCCCGAGGGAGCACAGUGCCGCCUCUACAGGCGGAUAAAAGAACUCAACAGCAUGAUUCGCGACGACCCAGACUCCGCGUCUGGAUCGCCAUAUGGCACGCUUCCCACCCCUACCGAGAGCGAGAUCAUGUCGACGCAUUCAUCGUCGAAUACGCCGUUCCAUGGGGCUUCGAAUGGGGCUGCCGCUGCCGUACCAGAGUGGAAUACCACGAUGCCCCCAAACGGCUACAACCCAUACUUCCCUAUCUCGUCGGGAGAACAAAACAUGUACGGCAACAUCAUCACGUGA